AAUGUUAGGGGUAUCCAGGUGUAUGAGGAGAUAAUGCCCAGAUCAUUCGACCCAUCAUUAGCUCAGAUGGAAUACAAUUUGCCCAUUCUGCUGAUCUUUCUGUGAGAAACUUUGGUACAGUUUGGGUUGGAUUUUUUUUCCUUUCUAUCUAAAGAGUGGAACAACAGCAGCCUUUUGAUUGUUCGUUCAUUUAUUUCACCUGUUUGCAUUGCUUUUCCAAAUCCGUGUUCGUUUACUUUGCUUUAGCUAAAAAUGGAGUCUGCAUUUUUGGCAGAAUAACAACUUGAGGCACUUUGCUUAUGUCACUGGAAUGAGUCUGCCUCUGUCAUAUCCUCCCAGCAGCUUAUAGUGCAUCCUCAGCUUUUUCUCUUUUCACCUCCCACGAGUGAGUUAGCAUGACAUAAAGCCAGCAGGACCAAGGUUUCACUCAGUAGCGUGUUGUUUCCAGAGAUGCCAGACGCAUCUGUGAGAGUGUUCUCCAUUGCAACCUGCAGAAGGGUUGUGACUCCUAUUUCCAGCCUGCAAAGCGUGCUCAUGUGCCAAGACCAGGCCAGGUGGGGACAGCCAUAGCCUCAUCUGCUGCCCUCUUCUUGCCGCACCCAGUGCAUUGCCCAAUGACAGAGCCACUGCUCACAUUCACGCUGGAUUAAACUUCCAUUGUGUAAAAGUAUGUUGAAAGGAACCCUGCUUGGGUCUGAUAGCAAAGGUUCUGCAGGUAGCACAAACACCGGUCCUGGCAAGUGAGGAGUGCACAGGCUGCACUCGAUCAAUGUGCAGGCAUGCAGCCAGUCAGGAUACUGAAGGAAGGGAAAAGCCUCCUGGAAUGCAGCCCACGAGCAGCAGAACACAUAAUUAAAGUGUGCAUAACCAGCUUGUGUUUUUCCCUGAGCUUAUGAAGUGGUUACACUGAAUCCCAUACAUCACCAAAGAGCGUGGUGCAGAGGGAGAUCUUGAGCUGACCGGAGUUGCUAGAGCAUCUGUCGUAAGGUUUUAACUAAAAAAAAAAAAUUAAGUCAUGAAAAGCUUUUCACUUUCUGAAGCUCACAGUGGAGAAACUGAAAUUUGGGGUGAAGUUAGCAGCUCUCUUGGGGUGAGAGUGAAGAGUUUUGGGGUUGUUGAUGCGUUUUUCUGAGCUGGGCCUUCCUGGUGAUCUGCCCCAGUGCUACAUAAGGACGUUGCGGAGGGACCAGUCCUGCUUGUUCCGAGCUGCCUGCGACAAAGGAAUUGACAGCAUUUAGGGCUGUGGAGAGUGGCGUUAAGAAAUGUGUGUGUCAGGUAUUAAAGACCUGCAAAUACUUAAUGUAAAAAGUAUGAUCACUGUCGCUGUGUGUCUGCACAGCCCCAGGUGGCCAUCCUUGCGCAGCUCCAGCUGCGAUCAAAGGCCUUUUGCUGGCAGUCACCGAUGGGGAAUAUCACCGUUAUCUCUGUGUCUGAUCACUUCCCAAUCUCUGCACGUCUGUUCUCACCAUUCCUUUUCUGGAUGAGGAGGAGCUGAAGUGAAGGAGGAACCAGAGCACAGCAGGGGCUGGACCCCAGCUCCUGGCAUCCGGAGCAGCGUGCUGAAUGCUGACCAGCCCCCUGGAAGUAACGUAAGACUUUAUCACGGAGGGAUCGAAGAUCUCACUUUUCAUGAUAGAUCCCUUGUUUGUUUGUUUUACUACCUUCUGGUUUUGCUGUAUGUCACUGAUCUGCUCUGGCAGAUGCCAAGUCUCUCUAAAACUGCAUCCCUGCAUGCACAACAAUGCCCACGGGUGAUAGGAAACUGGGGUUUCAAGAGAAAACCUGAUCCCAGUGCUAGAUAAUAGCAGUUUCCUAAAUAAAUGUGUGGUUGCCCCAGGGGCUUAGCUUGCUGCCAGACGCACCUUCUUUUGAUUGGUGAGAGCAGCAAAUGACGCUUCGUGGCGUAUAAGUGCAAGAGAAAACACGGCAGCGCAGAUAAGCUGAGCCAACGAGCACCGGCAAAGGAGAGUUGCAAAGGUGCUAAAGCAGCUGCUUGCCAUGGCAUUUGGAAUGCUCAUCUACAUUUUGCUGAAAGGUGGGUUUGGAGGGGCUUUUCCAUGUUGUGGUAUACCAGGCUUUCCUGAGGAAGGGUUUAGUCUUUCUGAAAUAAGCUGUAGGAGUGGGAACCAUAGCAGUGGGAAGCAGAUUUGUUUCAGUUCUUCUGAAACUGGGCAGGAUUUUAAAGGAUAGAAUGGAACCAAGACCCUGCUAAAAGAAAUUUCUUUGGUAAAUAGGUGCAACAGUGUCUGUAGUACGCUGCAGGUACCCGUGCUAUAAGUUACAUAGAUAAUAGAAUGGAGAACAGAAUGGAUGGUGUUUGGGGAUUCUGCAAAUGACUGUUUUCCCUACAGUCAUAAUAGUUGCUCUGUAACAAAAGGAGGUUUGAGGCAAGGACUUCCUAAACUGUGCUUUUCUGCAUUGCAUCAGAGCUGCAUGAAGUGAGUGAAAUGAACCUUGAAUAGCCACACUGAGUUUUUCUGUUUCAGUAAGCAUCUGUUUGCAUUACACAGCAAUGGGGGCACUGAGUGAGGAGUCGGCUCUCACUGUUUCAUCCCUCAGCACAGAACUGUGGAAUAGCUGGACAAAAAACAACACUGAAGCAGACUAUGUAGAGCAACCGAGGCUCCUGAAGCUCAUGCAGACCUGUCUGGAGGAACACCACAGCUAUUGCAUUAAUGGGCUUUGUGCUUUCCACAGCGAACUGAGAAAACCCAUAUGCAAGUGCCUCGCAGGUUACAACGGGGAGAGGUGUGAACAUUUAACGCUGAAUUCCUAUGCACAUAAUUCUUAUGAGCGCUACAUUGCUGUGGGAAUUGGCAUUGGAAUACUCACAAGUGGGAUACUUGCAAUCAUCUACUGCUACGUAAGAAAGAGAUGCAGGAAAUUGAAAUCGCCCUACAAAGUCUGCAUGGGAGAGACAGCGCUGUGAAGCCCUGGCAUCGAGACACUUAUCGGUGUGUCUGGAAACAAGAGGCAGUUCUGUUUGGAGGGCCACUCCACGCCGUCUAGCGGUGCCCCAGCCUCGCUGAUGGGAUGAAAUAAAGGGAAUGACAGAGUGAGGACGUGAAUGGAGCUCCUAUAGAACUGAUGGGCUCCAUUUGCUUCUGAAGAAAGACUUACUGUUUUUAGUGAAGGUUGCUAGAUGAGCAGGUCAGAACAGCGGAGAAUGCUUGCAGCCUUCUCAACACUCUCCUGUGCUUCAGAUUUGCUGAGGGGAGGACUGAUUUCUUUCAUCUAUUUUCAGUCAUUUCAAGCCCUACUGGAGUAUUCUGCUCUGCUCUUUCCUGUCUUUUUUUUUUUCUUUCCUCUUUCCGCUCUGGAGAAGAACGACGACUUGUUUCACAAUGGAACUGUAUUCUGAACAUCAUGUGCUGAUGAGAAGCUGUCUGGAUUCUGCUGUCACAACGUUGACCGCCUUUCAAAAGGAACUGGACAUCUUUCUUCCAAUGGAUUAUUGAGUGCAGUCAUGACAAAAAACUCAACUCCUCCCAAACAUCGUAGGGAGGCUCAUUACAUUCCUGAAACUCAAAGCAAACAUUGCCUUGCUGCACUGUGAGUUCAGAGAGAGACUCUAGUUCCUACAGAAGCUGGAAUUAUGUUAUGAAAUUUGGUAGAGUUUUGCCAAGGAAGCAGAAUCGUUUUCCUCCUUUCUCAUAUUACAUGCACAAUGUGAUCACUGAAAUAAGAAAGAAAUGAGCAUAGGGAUUUUGUUCCACCCCGGCCAGACAGGUUAUUUAUUAUCAGGUGCUUGUUUUACUCUAUCUUUCCUAAAGAGAAGUGCAAAGGCAAGGUGAGAAGAUUUUGUUCAAGGAGAAGGGAAGAAAAUUGAUUCCAAGGAUGGUGACGCUAACUGUGCUUUCUCACUGACAUUUGGAGUUGCCUGCCAAUGCUAAUGAGACUGGAGAUGGCUCCCAGAUACUUUUUUUAUUUCAGCUGUUGCAUGUUGUAGACACAACUUCCAUGCUUAGUCAUCUACAAGGAAAAGACAGUAAGGCACCUUGGCAAUCUUUGUGAUUGUUAUGGAAUGAUACAGGCUCCUAAUUUAGGUGCGUUGCUGGGAAGUUCAAUUUCUUUGUUACGUGAGUUCAUUUUUACCAAAUGAUGAAUGUGAUUCUUUUAUAAAAAGAAAAAAAAAAAAGCUGUGUAUUUAUAAGAUUGCAGAGGUAGUGCAGAGAUGUAUAUGAAAGACUGGGUUUUGAAAGGGUAAAUGUGCUUCUAGCACUUGGCUGGCUGUUCUGAAGUUGGUGGCUUUUCACGUGGGGGUUCCUGGUCUAGCUGAGUACUCUGGGCUCUUCAUCUGAUACGAAAACAAACAAAUAAAAAACCAAAACAGCA